GGCUCGUUUGAAACAGCCCAACGGAUUGGACAGCAUAUCCAAGAGAAGCAAGAAUAAAAUCACACCCACCAACAAUCGUAUGGAAAAGUAACUCAGCCGCCACACCGGAGGAUAGACGAUCAAAAAGAACCCAUUAUUGAACAAACACACAAAGUACCAUACUGUACUCUCCAAGGAAAAUCCUUUCAGAAAUUGCAACAAAGAAGCAAGUCACACAGAUUGAAAGACUCCUUUCAUCGAAAGAACAAGUCUCUGGAAAUCAAACAAGAAAAAUACCUCGGGAAUAACACAUAUAUCCCGAUUUAGCUGCCUCGCCGAAAUUACCACACAYUACCCACGACAACAAUACGAACAAGAUGGCAAGGUUGACAUCAGUCUUGGCUUCGUUAUUCCUGGCAAGAGCAGCCGCCAUCGAUUCGGAGCUUGCCCGCAGCACCCAGCUCCGAGGCAGCAGCAGCAACUACCACCACAACGAACCCCGCGAUCUAUCGAGUGCCCUCGUGCCGAGCCGCGAUGCCCGACCAAACUCUGCCGUGGACUUUUGCCCGGACGAAAGCCCCCAGGUAGGGAGCCGGUGCCGGACCACCGGACAGCGGUGCCACUAUGACUACCGCUACAGCGGUUGCACCUGGGAAGACCUCUCGUGCAGCCCGGGUCAAASCUGUUCCUGCCUCAAGAGCAGCAGAAACGGUUCGGAUAUCAGCACGUGGCAAUGCAUGAUCCUGGAUCCUGUGCCCUGCAGCGUCAUCGCUACGCCUGCAAACCCAACCCCCGAGGGACUCCCCGAGGGUGACUGCGAGGCCGGCACGGCCCUGCCAACGCGACCCGUUGCCAUCGACGAAGGCGAAGUCGGAGAUCUCUGCCCGGCUGCCAUGCCCCGGCCGGGAAGCAGCUGCCAGGCCAUCGGAGAGCAAUGCGAUUUUGGCUACGUCUACAAAGGCUGCACCUGGGACACGCUCUCUUGUAGUCCCAGCCGAACCUGUUUCUGCAGAGAGAACGGCAUUUGGGCCUGCAGGRUUAUGGAAUCCCAGCCCUGCAGUCUAGCGGCUACCCCUGCGAACCCGGUUCCGGCAGGCCUUCCCGAGGGAGACUGCGAUUCCAACGCGGCUCUGCCCACCGAAAUCGACAGCGGCGAAGAGRCAAGCAUCGACACUUGUCCGGCCUCGAUGCCCCAACCCGGGAGCCGCUGCAAGACCACUGGAGAACGGUGCGAUUUUGGCCACAAAUACAACGGAUGCACCUGGGAGAGCCUUUCGUGCGUAGCCACUCGCGUCUGCAMMUGCGACCAGGACCGAAACGAUCCAACGGUCAGCCUCUGGGCCUGCAGGGUUUUGGACGUCCAGCCGUGCAGCUUCCUUGCGUCCUUUACGGACCUUCGGGUUCCGGAGAAUCUUCCCGAGGGAGACUGCGAUGCCAGCCUCGCACUGCCCGGCCCGGACGGGGACAUCGACGAGACCGACGUCCAGCCAAACGAGGACGGCAUCAUCUGCCCGCGUUCGCCGGUGAACAGCGGUGGAUGCGAUGCCUCCCAGGUCGGUGCCACCUGCAACUACGACUACGUCUAUUCGGGKUGCACCUGGGACGAGCUGCAGUGCUCCUGGACCACCAGCUGUGAGUGCGUCCCCGACCGUUCGACCAAUUCCAGAGGAGGAAACUGGUUCUGCCUGGCCAGGGCUGCCGCGCCGUGCUUUGGCGGGUUUUCCAACGGGAGGGAAAUCGAUCCCGCUCUCUUCAGCUCGGCCUUCGACAGCGAGUUGGACGACGGCAGCAACGCUACGGACGUCGAAGAMUCUCUUCCCAGUGAUCAACUUUUUGCUGAAAGCCUUCCCGAGGGCCUGCCCUACGGACAAAAGUGCGACCCUUCCGCGGAACUCCCCACCGAACCAGCCUUUGAGUUCCGUCCGGUCGUCGAAAACGGGAACUUUACGUUCCGCCCCGAGCCGGAAAAUGCCACGGAACCCGUCUUUGUCUUCCGGCCGGAGGUCGACGAGGCAGAYGCCACCGAUUCCUCCGAAUCCCUGGUGGGCCGCCUCAGCGACGAGUGYCCGGUCGAGCCCCCGCCUCCCGGGUCGAGMUGCAUCGAGUCCCACCAAUCGAAGCUUUCCUGCCCGUACAACCAUAUCUACACCGGGUGUUUUUGGGACGCCAUCCAGUGCAACCCCAUCCAGUGGUGCACGUGCGACAAUUUCGGAGACGGGACGUGGGCCUGUGCGUCCAUGGCCAUGAUGGCCUGCACCACCAAGAUACCGGGACUGCCGACCUUCCAGUCCUGCAACCCGGACGAUCCGUUGCCGCUUCCGCGGUCGGCCUCGGUAGUACGAGACAUUGCGAAGGGCGGUGGCUCUCUGCCGUAGAACCCAAAGCUGCUACCRGCACGGUGCAGCCCGGAUGGCACUCUUGUGUGUGUGAGAGAAAAAGUYGCCGUUGCUUUGCAGUGGGAACCGAGACAACGGCAGCAUCGCCCRAAGGAACCGAAUAGAUAAUUCUUUGAAGAAUAAGAUUGCGUGCAUAGCACAGACUGCAUGCACGACCAUGCAUGGCUCCAUUUUACAUCGGCGUGACAAGUGAUUGAUAACAACAAUAUUAUAUUAGAGGUACAUUUUAAUACAGUAUGCUGCAUUAG